UUCAACUUCUCUCCCCCCCUGCUCCACCAAGGCUGUUUUCCAUCUCCUCGACUCUCCUAACCUCCUCUAUCCAAUUAAUUUGUUUCUACUAUCGUCACUCGCUGUACCAUCAUCAUCCACCAUUCGAGCAAACUUUCCAUCUUCCAACUUUGAUUUCCGAAUAAUCACUUUCACUACAACUCAGAUCCCAUCACAUCAAUAUGCAGUUUAAACUUCUCAUCGCAUCCGUUUUCUUCGCUGCCUCCGCUUCUGCCAUUACCGGUAAGCUUGGUGACGCAGCUAUCAUCACUGACAACCCGGUUGGCGCAAGCUAUGUUGCCACAUUCCCCUCCAACGGCACUAUUACCGGUUCCGCCAAGUUCUCCACCACCGGUAACGGAACCGGUGUCGAGGUGUCUCUCGACUUGAAGGGCUUCAAGGGAGCCACAGGCCCAUACGCCUACCACAUCCACGACCAGCCCGUACCCGCGAGUGGAAACUGCAACGGUACUUUGGCUCACUUAGACCCCUACCAGCGUGGACAGGUCGACCCUUGUGACCCCAAGUACCCCGCUACCUGUGAGGUCGGUGAUUUGGCAGGGAAGCAUGGCAAGAUCCCCAGCUCCAACGGUACAAUGUUGGAAGUCUACCUCGUCUUUGUCGACAACUACAUUUCCACCAAGCAGGGAAUCGGUGCAUACAUCGGUAACCGCUCUAUUGUCAUCCACAAUAGUGCUGGUGGUCGCAUCACCUGUGCCAAUCUCACUUCUAUCCGUGUUAGGAGCCCUGCCGUGCCAUCGCCUUCCGGCUCCAUCUCUCCGGCUUCGGGGGCUUCGGCUGUCACCGUUUCUGGGUUCCUUGGACUCACGGCCUUUAUAAUUGGUGCACUUGCCUUGUAGAUGUUUUUUCCUUCUUUUUCGAGCAUUGGGUGGAUUAGACGGCGAUCCGGAGGGAUGGUAAUUACAGGGGGAGGAGGGAGGGGUAAUCGGAGCAUAGAGAAAAUGGAAAAAUGGUCAUUUGGGCCAAAAAUGACUGUUCUCCCACCGCUAUCAUCGGCGUGCUCUUGAUUUUGGCGGAUUGCGGCUUUGUUACUUGUGUUGAUGACACUUUCUUUCUGGGAGUCACACAGUAAUGGGCGCGGGAAUUGUACAUGCUUUUGUUCAUUUUUUACCUUCUUAUAAUUCACCUUUUUCCCCUUUGUUUUCUCAUUCUUGCGGGUUUGCGGGGUUUUUCCUUUUUUGUUUAUUCAUCUUUCUAAACGGGGGUUUUUUUCUCUUAUCGCUUGUUCCUAUUUCAUGUUACGGGGUUUUCUGUAAAAGGCUGUAUCAUAUCAUACCACUCAAAACUAUACCAAAGUUUUCAUCCGAAUAAUGAA